CCCACUUUUUCUCCGGUUUACCGGAAUCCGUCUUGUUGUAUCGUUGAUUUUAUAUCAACGUUUUCUUGAGUAUGUCGUCCUUCAUCCUGAAGCAGUUUGGAGCAUGGGAUCUCCUGUGGAAGUACACAGUUUGGAAAGAAACUUCGGACAUCGAAUCCAAAAUGUGAGUAGGCUUACCAGUAGCCAUAGUGGUUGCCAGCACAUCUUAACAAUGGCUUCGAACAAUGCGGUUUCGGUUCAGCAGUCAAUCUACAACAGACCUCCCAUUGUGUUUGCUACUGUGCAUCGCUACACUAAACAACAGCUACUUGACUUACGCACUCCUUCGAGUUGGGCUAUCUUUUCCUCCCUGAUCUUCACGGGGUCUGUAUACUACUUCCUCGUGACCAGUCAAAUCACCCUACCGUCUACAGAGACGAAACCUCCCGUGGAUGAGUGGAGAGACUUGGUGACUACAUCACCGGGACCUGGACAAUUCGCCAUCAAUAACAAACCAAUCGACUCCUCAAAGAACAGCUCUUCACCAGGAAAAUAUUUUCGAAACUACAUUAGUUUCUUGAACGAGGAGCAUUUAACACUCUCUUGCAAAGAUUGUGCGUAUGUCACGAGCUCAGGGCGUCUACUUCACAGCAACGCUGGCCAAGAAAUUGACAGCCAUGAUUGCGUCAUAAGAAUGAACGAUGCCCCAGUUAUCGGAUAUGAAACCGACGUCGGGUCCCGAACUACAAUCAGAUCAAUGAGCUUCAUCAACAUUCUUGGGUCUUUGGAGCAUAACAUGGACAAAAGGAAUGAGUUCUUUGUGGACACUCGAUCCAAGACGGAGAUUUUUUUGAUCAAUUGGAUGACCGAAAGGCAAAUAAAUAUCUUUGAGGAUAUUCACUAUCGCUAUGUGAUCUUGCUCGCCCACCUUUAUCCUGCCGUCAAAUUCUUUCGUUUUACGGCAGGGAAAGUUGGGAAGAGUAUACGAAUGUUUUUCGAAAAGAUUGAAAAUAAAACAAAGGAAAUGCAUCACAAGCCACUGUCCACUGGCUGGCAUACCUUAGUAGCUGCAUUGGAGCUUUGUGACCAAGUAACUGUGUAUGGAAUGGUACCACCAACAUUCUGCAACUCAAAAAGUAACUAUACAUCGAAGACGAAAGUUGUUGAUGUACCAUACCACUACUACCCACCUCACCUACGGAAGAAUGACUGCAGGUAUUUACUCCUUAGCGAGAAAGCUAACGAAACUGGACACCCAUUCCUCACAGAGAAACAGGCAAUCAAACGGCUAAGGAAAAACUCUAAUGUUACGUUCAGACAUCCGCAAUGGAACGAGAGUUAAACAAAUUUUAAGAUGGGGCAAAUCACAUUCAACAAGUUACUUCAAAAGCAUAUCAAACAAGUAAAUUUACCAAAACACUUUGCGUAAGUUCUGAUUAUCUUUUUCCGAAUAAAAAAAAACAAAAAAAUUAAUUCAAACAAGCCUAUACUACAAAAAAGUUCUUAAGUUCUGAUUAAUUUUUCCCACCGUAGGGCCUAUAAGUAAAGGAAAACUACGUACGGUUGUACGGUGUCUUAAUUUGGGUGUGAUCCCUGGCUGCACGGCAGUAAACGAUUGCUGUAAAAGGAAUGGCACCAGUAGUUUAACAUCAGGGCCCAAUUUCAUAGCUCUGCUUAGCGGCCGAUUUUGUGUU